AGCAACCUAUACAUCCCCAUCUCACGGGAUGCCGUGCCUACCCAAAAUGGGAUGAUCUCUGCGAGGCCCACGGUCUCGCACUUUGACCGUGAGCGCGAGGAUGAUUUGAUGCAAGUCGACGACACUCGAAACAGAGUAUACAUCCACGAUCUGGAUGCCGAACUUGCCGACAUCGAGUCGGAGGAGGAGAAGCUCAUAUUCUUGCCGGACAUUGAGAAGCGCCUUAGUCGUAUACCUCAGCAAGUCCUGAACGGAAGGAAAGACGAUCAGGAGCACCAGGAGCUCGUGCUGUACAGCGUGCCGAAGUCACUUACGGUGGACGAAAGCCAUGACUCCGUAAGAAAAGCCAUUAUUGAGACACGUCAGCGAGCGCGCGAACGCGCUGUG